AUCCCAACUGACACGCUCAGUGUCCUUUACAUUGCGUUAGAAGGAGAAUACUCACAACCAUUUGUUGCUCUAGUGACUUGUUGUUUUGAAGCUUGCCGUUAAUCUAGUGUUUAUUCAUCACUGAGUUUGUUCUGAAGUUAUCGGAGGAAAUGGAGUAUGUUGAUACUUGCCAUCUGUGCUAUGAAGUUUACGAUGAAGAAACAAGAAGACCUCGUAUGUUACCCUGUGGCCAUAGUUAUUGCACUGACUGCAUAACCAAGCUAAUUAUGAAUGGUAGACUUUCAUGCCCAGAGUGCAAUACAAACUUUGUAGCUUCAGAUUCAUCACAAAUUCCAGUAAAUUAUGGGAUGGAAAGGGUUAUUUCUGCUAUGAAAGAAAAGCAAUCAGGCACCAUUUGUAAACUGCAGUCACUGGACAAAAUUAGAACAAUGCAAGACAUAAUUGAUUCUCAUAAAUCAAGUGCUCUUAAUCUACUUGUUUCCUCUGAAGCUUUGGAGAAGCAGUUGUCAGAUUAUAUAGAUUUUCUACAGAAAAGCAUAAAAUCACACAAAGAAUUGGCUGUAAAGUUGCACAGUAAGAUCAGCUGGCAUGAAUCUAUUGUAAAACAGAUGACAGAAGAGGAAGAAAAGACAAAGGAAGCACAGAAGCAAGUGAUAAUUUACAGCAAAAACAUGAGAGCUAAUUUACCCGAACUAGAUUGUGCAGACAGUAAUAAAGCUGUUUCCAUUGCCGUGGCCAAAGUAACUGAAACUUUUGGUGAACUUGCCAAUUGUGUAAACAAUUGUCAGGCAAAGCUUCCUAACCCAACAAUUGCGCUUGCGCAGAAGACGCUAAUGAAGAAUGAGGCAGUGUUACAUGAAGAGGACUCUAAUAAUGAAGAGGACUUCUAUGCUUCCGUUCUGUCAACCAGAUAUUUCACAAUUUUAGAGAAGAUAAGUUUAUGCAGCAAUGGGAAAUUUUUAUUCACUGUGGAUCAACUCAAGUCUGACCCGGAUACCUGGAGGGAAAGAAUAAAAUCCGGCAGAGUUUUUGCGGUAUCUUCUGUUGAUGGGCGUAACAGAUCUGCAUCUCUCUCGAUGAAGGAUGGACAAGUGUACCUUCACUGCUUGAAAGAUGAAGAAGCUCCACUGGUUAGCUACCAAGUUGAGCACAGUGAAAUUGUCAAUUGCAGUGGAGAAGCUUCAACUGUUGCUUUCUUCGAUCUGGAAUGGGACGGUUCCACUAAAGGACGAAUUCAUAUUAUGAUGCCUUCCAAUACUCCUUUGGCACAACACUUCAGAGCUGUCUGCACGGGGGAAUUAGGACUCACGUACAUAAACAGGAAACUCGUUCGUGUAAGUGAUACUACAAUAUCAUGUGAAUCUUACGAUGACAGUAGUACCAUAGGAAGUUUAAGCCAUUUGGGGCACAUAGAUCUUAAUGGUGACUUGUAUAAGUGUGUACCUGAAACUGGAACCAUUUGGAUGAAUACGGAUGGCUCAUUCUACAUCUUAACUGGUUCAGUGGAUAGUAAUUGGUAUUUUCGAGUUUUUGGUAAAGUUAAAGAUGAAAAUCUAAUGCUGAGUAAAGUUGCAAAACGAUCGCAAAAUGGAUUUAAUGACAUUAAAAUUGUUGAAAGUGGUGUAGUUUUGCAAGUCUGAAAGUCAAGGUCUGAUUGAAAAAUUUCGUCUACAUAUCCAAUUAUUAUGACAUAGCUAAAAGUAAGGCAUUUAUUGCCUUGUUUAUAUUUUUGUAGGGAUAUAAUUCACUGCACUGAAUACAUUUUCAUUUGUUAUAAAGGUAAGUAAAGCUAGAGAAGCGGGGACAGCUUUCUCACAUUUUGAUUCUGUGACUCAAUGUGAUAUAACUUUUCAGCUUUUUAAUCACAUUAAAUCUUGGACCUCUAACCUUCAUCAUUAUAAUGGCAUCUCUGGAAAUGUGAUAUAACUUUUCAGCUUUUUAAUCACAUUAAAUCUUGGACCUCUAACCUUCAUCAUUAUAAUGGCAUCUCUGGAAGGGGUUAGAGCUGUUAAAAACUUCCGAAAAUGUUGCUAGAAAAAAGGAAGAUUACGUGUCACGGCCCUUCAGGACAGAAGGACAGAACUAAAAUGAGGGUAUUGUACUUCAGCCAAAGCCGGCGAGUUUGUAGCUUGCACCACUCCAAAGUGACCCCCAAAGAUUUACGUAAAAUUUUGUUAACCAGCAUUUUAUCAAUGAUAAUUUAUACAUACCAGAGCUCAGAUUAAAUGUUUUCCUUGAAUACUUCCUUAUAAAAGCAGACUCAAUUGUAUUCCUGUUAAUGUAAUUAUUACAAAAUAAACAUUUCUGCUGCCUUUGUAAAA